GAUUUUCUUCUGUUUGGUGACCCAAGAAGAACGUAAAAUAUAAGUUACACAAGAGCCAGCGAUGGAAAUAUUUGGAUGAGUUUGACUUCCCCUCCCAUCCUCUCGGCUUCCCUCCCAAACACCAGCAAAGCACUUUUCUGUUGGACAUUGUGAUAACAUUCGGACUUCCCAAAGCCAGAGGAAGCAGUUGUGCAAAGAGGAUGUGGUUAUUCAUUAACUGCUCUCCUGUUUAUCUGCUAGCCGUUUGAUUUUAAAAUAGGAAUUCUGUUUGCAUUUGUAAAUGACGAAUAUUUGGAAAGACCUGUUGGCAACGUUCUCUUACUUUCAGUUCCCAAAGUUUUGCUUUCCCCUAUUCUUCUUCCUUUUAUCCAGAUUGGCUGCUUUAGGUCUGCUAUUGGGAGCAACAGGGUGAAUCUACACUGUAGAAUUAAUGCAGUAUCACUCCGUUUUCACUGCUAUUAGCAGAGUACUUUUGCCCAAAGACUUCACAAUGUAUACCUACAAGAAGGAUGGAACGUUGCACACGGAAAAACCUAGAAUUGAGGAUCAUUGCCACUAUCAGGGCUACGUAGAAGGAACAUCCGACUCCCUGGUGGCUGUCAACAUUUGCUUUGGACUCAGGGGCAUGAUACAAAUCGGGAACAUCACCUUUGGAGUCGAGCCCACUCAUACGGGCAAACACGUGGUCUACCCGCUGAGUAGUGUGAAGUCCCCUUUCUUCUCCUGCGGGGUCCACUCCCUGUCCCACGGAUGCAAAAGCCCAGCAAUGUUUCACUCCGUUGAAGACAGGACUCCACACCUGAGAAACAAAAGGGGCCUCCUUCUGCAGACAAGAUAUGUGGAGCUCUUCAUAGUUGUGGACAAAGAAAGGUACAUGCUGUUAGGCCAGAACAAAACUGCCAUCAGAGAAGAGAUGAUGCAUUUAGCCAACUACCUGGAUGGCAUGUAUGCUACGUUGAACAUCCGCAUUGUGUUGGUCGGCUUGGAGAUCUGGACUGUGCAGAACAAGAUCAGUCUCGAAGGAGGUGCUGCGGAUGUUCUUGCCAACUUUGUUCAAUGGCGAGAGCGGGAUCUCAUUCUGCGCAGACGGCACGACAGCGCACAGCUUGUAAUGACAAAAGGCUUUGGCGACGUUGCAGGAAUGGCCUACGUGGGAACAAUAUGUUCCAAGAGCAACGCUGGAGGGAUUAACGUGUUUGGCCCCAUCAGUGUCCAGAUGUUUGCCUCCAUUGUGGCUCACGAACUCGGCCAUAACCUGGGAAUGAACCAUGAUGAUGAAAGGCACUGUCACUGCCCGACAGAUAACUGCAUUAUGAAAUCUAAAGCAUCAGGAGCCAGAAACUUCAGCAGCUGCAGCGAGGAAGACUUUGAGAAGCUCACCCUGAACAAGGGGGGAAGUUGCCUUCUCAAUAUUCCCAGACCGGAAGAAACCUACAGUAUCCCCUACUGUGGCAACAAACUGGUGGAUGCAGGAGAGGAGUGUGACUGUGGUUCCCUGGAGGAAUGUAAAACAGAUCCUUGCUGUGAACCCGGAAUGUGCAAACUGCGUCCAGGGGCCGAGUGUGGUUAUGGAGACUGCUGUCACAAUUGUCACUACAUGACCAAGGCCACCGAGUGUCGCGAGAAGGCCAGUGAAUGUGACCUCCCAGAAUACUGCAACGGUACAUCAGCCUUCUGCCCGCAAGACGUCACCAUUCAGAAUGGCCACCCUUGCAAAAAGGGAGAAGCGUAUUGCUACAAUGGAGUCUGCCAGUACUACGAGGCACAAUGCCAGGCUAUCUUUGGCCCAAAGGCAAAAGCUGCUCCUGAGGUUUGCUUUUCUGCCGUAAACUCCAAAGGAGACAGAUUUGGAAACUGCGGCUAUCACAACUAUGACUACAAGAAAUGCUCGAGCUCGAACUCUAUGUGUGGAAAGCUGCAAUGUGAGAAUGUGAAAACGCUUCCGGUGUUUGGCAUUGAGCCUGCUUUUAUCCAGUCUCCGAUCAAAGGCAGCACUUGUUGGGGAGUGGACUUCCAGCUCGGCUCGGACGUCCCUGAUCCGGGGAUGGUGAAUGAAGGCACCAAAUGUGCACCUGGGAAGAUAUGUAAGCACUAUCAGUGUGUUGAUGUGGCAGUUCUGGGCUAUGACUGUGACAUAAACAAUCAAUGCAACGGCCAAGGGGUGUGCAACAGCAAUAAGAAUUGCCAUUGUAACUCAGGGUGGGGCCCUCCCUUCUGUAAUACCAAAGGAUACGGUGGCAGCGUUGACAGCGGCCCUCCAUAUAAUGAUGAAGACACUACGACGAGAAACUGGCUGCUGGCCUUCUUCUUCCUGAUUCUCCCUCUAUUAUUGAGUGUAGUUUUCUGCUAUUUUAUGCGAAAUCGUUUGGGGUAUUCCUUAAGGCCUCUAAUAGAGUGUUGUUGCGGAUGUUUCAGAAGAUCGCGUCGCAGGAGGCAAGAGCCGGUCGGCUCCGAGUUCCCACCAAAUGUGCCAUUCCCACCCAUGGAUACAUCAUCCCAAAUGAACAUGCAGGCGAAGAGAUACCCUGUGCCAUCAUACACAGCCAAUCAACAACCAUACGGUGAACAUUUCUACUAUGCACCUCCUCAUUCUGCUCCAAGAUCAGCAGCGCUGCCCACUGAACAGCAUUACAUCCCAUCAAGGCCUCCGCCGCCGGCGACGAAGCCUACAAAAACUCAGGAACCCUUGAUCCCUUCUCGCCCUGCACCUUUGCCGCCCAAAUAACUUUCCGUUUUCCGCCUUUCACGAGCUGCCCUCCGUGCUGGGACAAAGCUGCAUUGGUCUCGCAUCAAGCGGCCCUUGAAACCCUUCCUUUUCCCCUCAGCACUGGAUAAGGAAAAAAGCAAAGUGAAACAUAAAACAAACAAACAAAAAAUUGCAAAACCAAGGAAUGUAAACUUAUCAAGCAAAAUACCUCUACCAAAGCUGCAGGAAGCGAAACCACCAAGGCUGUGAAAACUGUCUGUCCGAACUGCAGUGGGGCUGCGCUGCCGGAGAAGCAAAUCGGCCUCAAAUACAGCAAUCUUUUAGACGUCGCCAUGUCGCCCUUUCUUUUUAUGAUAUCUUUUUAAUGAUACAAUAUUCCUUAUGUGGGUUCCCUGCCUACCCAAGUUGUCUUUCGUAGGCAAUAUAAGGUUGAGUGAAGACAGGCAUAGCAUGGUUAGCUGGAUCAGGAGACCAAGCAUUAGAGCCACAUCUAAGUUAUUGAAAAAUUUCUGCAUGUGGGUGUGGAUCACUGCGUCCAUUUACGUUCCCAAAUUACUCACUUAUUGGGAGCAGUCCUGCACUUUUAACCAAUACAGCAAACAAUGGACCUUCUGAAGUUAACAUGUUGCACUUUAAAGCAUAAAGUAUGGCAAGGCUGAUUGCAAGACUUACAUUCGAUUUGCUGGUACACUUAUCUGUCGCUCAAAUAAAUCAGGCUGAAGGCUCUCUUUUUUUAAAAAAAAAAAUUACGUUAUACCUGUCUUCACUUGCAACUGCAUUAAGUAAAAGACUGCAAUUUACGUUGGGCCAGGAAGAGAAACGGGUUGGAGUUUUAAUUGCAAAAAACAAUGCAAAUCUAUCUCUAACUCAGAAGUCCAGUGGAGUCAUGGUAAAUCUGCACAGGACUGCAGAUAUACUUUAUGGAUUGGUCAAAAGAUAAUAUGCUAUUUAUCUUUUUUUCUGUGUUGCUGUGAGUUUUCCGGGCUUGUUCCAGAAGCAUUAUCUCCUGAUGUUUCGCCCACAUCUAUGGCAGGCAUCCUCGGAGGUUGGAAACCGGGCAAGUUGGGCUUAUAUAUCUAUGGAAUGAUGUCCAGGGUGGGAGAAAGAACUCUUGUCUGUUGGAGGCAAGUGUGAACAUUGCCAUUGGCCAGCUUGGUUAGUAUUGAAUGGCCUUUCAGCUUCAAAGCCUGGCUACUUCCUGACUGGGGGACAUUGAGGGAAUCACUGACCUCAUAGGGAAGCUGGUGAAAAAACACAACCUACAAACUAUCUACAGACCCACUAAGAAAAUCCUCUCACCUCUGCAGGAGUCUACAAUAUACCAUGCAGCUCUGGACAAGUCUACAUAGGGACUACCAAACACAGCAUUGCCCAAACACGAAACAAGGAACAUGAAAGACGCUGCAGACUAACUCAGUCAGAAAAGUCAACUAUAGCAGAGCACUUGAGCCAACCUGGACACAGCAUAUUAUCUAAGAACACAGAAAUGCUGAACCACUCAAACCACCAUGUCAGACUAGGUAGAGAAGCCAUUUAAAUCCACAAACGUGGACAAUUUUCACAGAAAGGAAGAAACCAUGAAAAUGAACAAAAUCUGGCUAUCAGUAUUAAACAAAAAUUCCAAAAUCAGGACUGUAAAUAAAGAAUAACACUAAAAAAAACAGGGGAAUUCCAUACAGGAAACAAUCAGGGCCAGCUAACACCUCCCAACAAAGAAUUCCCCCAAGAAGAAAGCAGCCAGACUUUGAAGCAGCAGGCAAUUCAAUGCUAAUCACUGCUAAUUGUGACAUUUACACUUGCCUCUAAGAAACAAAGAGUUCUUUCUCUCACCCGGGACAUUCCACUUAUAUAUCAACCCCCCUUGCCUAGUUUCCAACAGACCUCACAACCUCUGAGAAUGCCUGCCAUAGAUGUGGGCAAAACGUCAGGAGAGAAUGCUUCUGGAACAUGAUCAUACAGUCCGGAUUCCGGCCAUGAACGCCUUCGACAACCCGUAUCAGUGUUUCCUUCCUGGCAAAAAGAUGGAGGGGAAAGGAAAGACAUUUGAAGAUGACAUUUCCUAGUCUCCUCUAAAAAUACUAAAUGAAACAGGGAGAAAAACUCUAUGUUCCAUAAGAUGAAAUAUUUCAUUGUUAGUACUUUUUUAGGUUUUAAUGUAUGAAACGGGAGCGGGUCCAUAGCUAUAUUAACCCACUUUAAAACAAAGGCAAUUUUUUUACUGUGCUGACUGACACUAAACUGUAGUUAAUAAAGGGCGUUAGGUUGAACUUAACAAUAUUUAGCUAACAAAUAGAAGAGCAGCAGAUUCUUCUCAUUUACCACUAAUGAACAGUUCUCCCAAAAAGUACGAAAGCGCCCAUUUUUCUGGACAAGGCUAGCAGUGGAGCUGCUAAUGGUUUACAAGUAUUCUUAAUUUCAAAAAGACGGUAGAAAAGGAUUUCGCAACGACUCAGUUCUUUUGGAUUUGCCAGGAAGCAAAGAGAUGCCGGAAAACCCAACGACAACCAUAACUCACGGACAAAAUAUAUAAAGCACAUAUUCUGUUCUAUGUUAUAUAUUCCUUGGUGUCUCAAUAUAUUGUUGGGGAGGAGGAAGAGGGUUUUUGUGUUUGGGAAAAAUGGGAAUGUUACAAAGGUACCGCGUGCACCCUUCAUUCCAUCCUAAUAGUCUGAUAUUUGUCAGGGUCGCAAUGAUGCUAUGCAAAUCGUGCUAAUGACAUGCAAAUUAGCAGCAGCUCUUUGGCUUUGGAUGCAUUCCCCUCGUGGCCUUCAGAUACUUAAGCCAAAUUUAUCAUUUUUAUACAUGCAUACAAGGGCCGGGAAGGUGAAUGUAUGAUAUGGGAAUGUCAGCCCUGCAGUUGUUGGAUGUUGACAGUAUAAUCAGUAUGUCCUUUCGCCAACUCAUAUAUAUAGAUUGCUUUGAGUUUUCUGGGCUGUAUGGCCAUGUUUCAGAAGCAUUAUCUCCUGAUGCUUCACCCACAUCUAUGGCAGGCAUCCUCAGAGGUUGUGAGGCCUCUUGGAAACUAGGCAAAUGAGGUUUAUAUAUCUGUGGAGAAGAAUAACUGUUUGAGGAAAGUUUGAAUGUUCCAAUUGGCCACCUUGAUUAGCACUGAAUGGCCUUGCAGCUUCAAAGCCUGGCUGCUUCCUCCCUGGGGGAAUCGAUACUCAAAAAACGGAAAUUUCAGACAAACAAUCAGGGCCACUUAACACCUCCCAACAAAGGAUUCCCUCCUUUCUGUUGAAAUUGUCCACAGACUUGUGGAUUUCAAUGGCUUCUCUGUGUAGCCAGCUAAUUCCUCCCAACGAAGGAUUCCCCCAGGCAGGAAGCUUUGAAGCUGCAAGGCCAUUCAAUGCUAAUCAACAUGGCCAAUUGGAACAUUCACACUUGCCUCCAACAGACAAGUUUUUUCUCCCACCUGGCUCAUUCCACAGAUAUAAAACCCCACUUGCCUAGUUUCCAACAGACCUCACAACCUCUGAGGAUGCAUGUCAUUGAUGUGGGUGAAACGUCAGGAGAGAAUGCUUCUAGAACACGGCCAUACAGCUUGGGAAACUCACAGCAACCCAGUGAUUCCGGCCAUGAAAGCCUUCGACAACACAUUCAUCACAUAUAUGUAUUUGCUGUAAGAUCUUUUAGUUUGUGAAGGUGCAAAACUCAUGUUUAUUUUAAGCCCAUUGCAACUGUUAUGAGCACUUUAAAUCCUGGCAGCCUGCUGAAAAAAAUCCAGUUGACAUACCUUCCGACACUAAUUUCUUUGAAAAUGUUUCUUUUCAUGUCAGUCAGGAUGUUUACAUUGGCUAAAUCGUGUGGGAUUGCCUCAAUCUUGUCGGAUUGUAUUUUGUCAAUCUUUGCACCAUUGAUGAAGCCAGUUUGUUGUUGUUUAUUUUAUUACAAAAUAAAUAUGUAUCUGUUAACAAGAGUCUUCUGGACCUGGUGGUGGGAUUAUCUUGUGUUGUUAUAUUUAGAAUAUGAUUACCGGUAGUUUGUGAUGGGUCAGGGCUGCUAGGAAGAAACAUCCAUCCACUCCAUUCACUUUAGAAUGAAACUGUUAUUAAAUCAAGCAAACGUUUCCACCCACAUGGCAACCACUGUUUGGCAUAUAUGUGUUUGGUACAUUACUCCAUAAUUCUUGCAAAAAAGAAGAGAGAAAAAGAGUCUUUAACGGUGUUUAUAUGUAUUCCUAUAUAAAUAUGUCUGCAUUUGCAGUAAUAAAAUACUUGAACUAUG